AUGUUGUGGGUCAAGAUCUUCAAAUUUUCAUUUUUAGUGGAACUGUUUGUAGCAUUCACCGAAGUAGAUGCCAAAAUGUCGGUAAUAAUUCCGUAAUUUUUGGGUGGAUUGCAUUUCGUUCUGUGUCCUAGCGUCUUUUAAAACAGUUGAACAAUCCGAAGAAAUGAAUUAAUCAUUGCGUGAUAUUUAGAACAAACUUUUAACAGGCACCCAACAGCAGGCCUUCUGACCUAUUUUUUUCCUUAAAUCUUUAGUUUCCUUUAGCUGAAGGGGACGAUAGCUUCGUUCGAGGAACUUUUCCAGAUGAUUUUAUUUGGGGCGCAGCAACAGCAGCUUUUCAGAUCGAAGGCGCUUGGGACGAAGAUGGGAAAGGACCAAGCAUAUGGGACACUUUUUGCCACAUCGGAGGGAAAAUUCACAACAAUGACACUGGAGAUGUCGCAUGCGAUAGUUACCACAAAAUCGACGAGGAUAUAGCCCUUUUGAAAAACCUCGGAGUAGGUUAUUACCGAUUUUCCAUCUCCUGGUCCAGGGUUUUACCCCUGGGAACAACAGAUAAAGUUAAUCCCUUGGGAGUCGAAUAUUACAACAACCUAAUUAAUGCAAUGUUAAGCAAUGGGAUCAAGCCGGCUGUUACACUCUAUCACUUUGACCUGCCUCAGGCUUUGCAAGACAAGGGUGGUUGGCGUAAUCCCAACAUGCCUGACAUUUUCAAUGAUUAUGCAAGAUUUUGUUUUAAAGAGUUUGGAGAUAGAGUAGGAAUAUGGAUCACUAUUAAUGAGCCACAUGAGGAAGCACUAGAUGCAUAUGGGCUUGGUGCUUUUGCUCCAGGUAUAAAGGAGAUGGACGCAGGACCAUACCAGGGUAAGCUUUAUAGAGGCAGUCACUGGCAGGAUAAAUUUCUACAAGUGACAUGCCUCCCCCCCCUUCCCCCCAUAAGGGAACUCCCAUAUUAGGCAAGACAGAUAUGUGCCACUGAACAGGGUUUAUGCUUUUCAGGGUCUUAAUUCUUAAACAGGGUGUGCAAUUACACUAUUUGGCAUCUUUAACAGGGUGUGAUUUUGGCCCAGAAGCCUUUAAAAAAAUUUUAAGGCUGCAAAUGAGCACUCUGCAUUAAUUUUGUGUGGCACCAACAAUUUUUUCCAAAAAUUUAGUCCCAUGAUGUUAGUCUGAAAAUUUACCUCAUUACUGUAUGCAAAAUGGAAUGAAUAAUCCACAGGGUAGUGAUAUCAGCAAUUUUUGUCUUAAACAGGGUCAGGUUUUGAAGGCUUCUGCGGCCAGCUCUACCUAAACUUCCUUUGAGUGCAGCCUCUGGGGAUGGCCCCUUAAAACCAUGAUGUCACCAAAAUUUUGACAAAUACCCAAUGCAGAUUAUUCUGACCGAAAAGUGCUGACAUUCUUCUACUGCAAGUUGAAAAUAUUUGAAGUAUAAAACAGGGACAUAUGUAUACUUCAUUGCUUGCCCCUUUAACAGAACUGUUACACCAGAAAAAGUUUAAGCAAUCUAAAUAUACAACUUUUUAUGGAUAUUGUAAUAACAUUUUAAGGUGAAAUGUAACAAGCUUUCAAAACAAGCUGAUUACAACAGAUACUUUAUUUCACCCAAAGAAAAAAUUUGGAUUUCUUCCCUCAUGUAACCAGAGAAGCAUAGAGACAUACAGAUGGGCCAAAUUAUGACCCAAGGGAUAUAGGGUUAUGAAAUGUGGAACUUGUAUAAACAGGAAUAAAGUUUCUGUUCACAAGCAGAUGGGCUUUUAAGUUGGGGUGCGCAUUACUGGGUGUUUUAGGGUAAUUUCUCAAUUCCUUGCUUUGUUAGUGGUAAAAUAUUAAUCAAAACCCCUGCUACUGUCUUUGAUUUGAUACAGCUGGCCACAAUAUGCUACUUGCUCAUGCAAAAGCCUGGCAUACCUAUGAUAAAGAAUUCCGAAGUGCCCAACAGGGCACAGUAAGCCUUGUCGUCAAUGCGCAGUGGUAUGAACCAAAGACAAACAAGGAAGAAGACAUUAAAGCUGCGGAUCGUGGUAUGCAGUGGUUUCUGGGCUGGAUGGCACAUCCCGUGUUUAUUGGAGAUUAUCCUGAGGUGAUGAAAACACGGAUCUUAAAGAAGAGCAAGGCAAAAGGGAUUCCUUCUAGGUUAGUUCAUGGAGGAAAACAUCCCCCAAGGUGCUUUGAAUUCAAAAAACCCAAAUUUCAUGAUCAAGAAACAGCUUUUAUUUACUUUGACCCCCAGAUGGUAAAAAACAGCAUUUUUAACUGACAAGUUAAGAAUAAUUAUGGUUUGUUUAAACUGUUCAAACCCCCAGCUGUACUUGUCUCUCAACAGAAAAAAAAAGAUAAUGGUAGCUGUGAUCCCAAGGGGUGGGGAGGCUCCACCCCAAGUUCAAACCCCUCACUCUUUUAUAUGUCAUUUUAGACAGGAAAGGUACCCUUUUGAUAUACCUUCCAUUGAAAAAAUGGUACCCCUUUAAUUUCACAUACCUUAACUUAAUAAGAAAUAAGUUGAAAUACCUGAAGCCCAAAAAGGGUUCCAGGGCCAUUAUAGCGAGUGCAAGCUGCUGCCAUGUCUCUGCCAAGCCAAGUGAAGCUGUUGAAAUGGUUCUUACCUAUAGCCUGAUAAAUUAACUUGAAAUUUUUUGAAGUAUUAAUCUGAAAAAUAGACUUUUAUUGUUGGCAAUGUUUGUUUUAUUAAUCUCCUUAGGCUUCCAGCAUUCACAGAAGAACAAAAGAGGUCAUUAAAGGGAACUUCUGACUUUUUGGCCCUCAAUUUCUACUCUGUUUCAUAUGCUGAGCAUCAUGACCUGUCUAAGGAUGAAAAUGUUACCUGGGGCUACUUUACAGAUCAAGAAAUGAAGGCUUCUAGAGAUCCCUCCUGGCUCAAAGGUCAGUGCACCUUUUCAUUACCUACCAGCCAGUGUCAGGGGCCACUGGGCUCUACUAGAGCACAGCGGCCUGCCUUGUAUAAUGAGAGUGGAAACAUCACUGACUUCAAUAAAGUGAAAAACUAUCCCAAGUUGACAAGAGUUCUUUUAAACUCUCCCUUGCAAAUGAUUAAUAAUUUGUUGAGUGUAUAAUGUGUAGCACACUUUCAUUAGCAGUAAAAGAUAUGAUUUGAUUUAGUGUGCUUGUUUAUAACAAAAUGACAAUAGUGCCUAAUGAGCCAGGACCACCCUUCAUUAGUGACAGAUCUUCCUAAUAAGUUUCAUUUUAAAUUGACUCAUUAGGUGAUCCGUCUUGGUUGUACUGUGUUCCCUGGGGCAUGCGCAAGAUGCUGGUCUGGCUUAAAGAGCAGUAUAACAAUCCCGAAAUCAUUAUCACUGAAAAUGGCUUCAGCGUCCAUGGAGAACAUGAUUUAGAGCUUCCUGUUGCUCUUGAUGACAAAGACAGGGUCACUUACCUCAGGGGAUAUAUUAAUGAGGCUUUGAAGGCUGUAAAACUGGAUAGUGUUAAACUAAAAGGAUAUUUUGUUUGGUCAUUGAUGGACAACUUUGAAUGGGAUGAUGGCUAUAGGUUUAGAUUUGGUAUUCAUCAUGUAAACUUUGAUGAUCCCAAACGCCCACGCACUCCAAAAAGAUCUGCACAGGUCUACAAGGAGAUUGUGGCAAAUAAUGGAUUUCCUUGAAUUGAAUACAGUGA